AUGGCCACGUUGGAGAGAAAACAGAUGGCUUUGACAACGUACAUGGCGGUUUUGGCUAUGGAGAACGAAAUGAAGAUGGCAACCGCAUCCUUGAGUUUGCUGAAAGUCACAGAUGAAAGAAUUUUUAAAGAUAUCCUUUAUGCCAAGCUGGUCAGGGGUAAAAGAACAAUCGGUCGUCCAAAAUUAGCUUACAGAGAUGUCUGCAAGCAAGACAUCAUGACUUCAGACAUUUAUGGGACCUGUGGGAAGAGAUUGUUCGGGAUUGAACAGCAUGGAGACAAAGUGUUUGAGAUGAUAUUAUGGCGGGAGAAUCUAAAAGAUCUAAAGCUGCCUCUGGCAGGUUGCAUAAAGGACAUAAGAAUAAAUGAUUUUUUGUUACCAGUCAGUCAGACAGAAAUUUCAAAAGCAUCUUUUAUUAUUAACAGUUUGAAAAAUGUUCUUCCUGGAUGCCAUGAUUACGAUUUUUGUUCAAAUUUGCAAUGCAUUCUUCCGCUCAUUUGUGUCAGUCGGUGGAGACACGCUGAAUGCACGUGUCCUAACGGUCACUUAAGAAUAGAAGACAAAAGAGAGUGCAGAAAAGUAUCAUUUUGUCAUGAAACUGAUAAUUUAAUAGAUGUUGACUACAAGGAAGAUGGAGACUUAUGUGGUCAACAAGUGCUAUCAGAUUGUGAUGGUAAAGAAGGAUACGAUGAGCAUUGUUUCAUGAUAAAUGAAGAACUAACGACCUCAAAAACUACCAAACUACUUCUGUUUGUCUUUAUCUCCAUUGUCAUCUUUAUUGGUAAUAAAUAG